UGCAGCUAUAUUUUGGUUGAUAGCUAACAUAGGCGUACACAUUUAAUUUGUUUGGUCGCUCAUUCAGAUGUAAAGAUGGAAAGCUGCCAAAAAAUUGUCUCUUCGCCAAGUUUUCCCGUAGUGUUAUGCAUCUUCUUAUCAGCAUCCGGUCAUGUAGGCAUUGUAAAGGCAAUUGGAUUAUACCUGGAAGAUAUCAAAAGUGAUCUUGAAAUCAGUUCAAUGGACAUUGGAAUGGCGCUCGGUCUCCUCAAUGCGUUCUUCUUCAUUCCGAGUCCAAUAAUGGCUGCACUCUAUCGACGGAAUUCUCUCCGUCGUCCGUUGGCUAUAUGUGGAUCGUGUCUCCAAACCAUCGGAGUGACCCUUUUUUCAACGGCAACCAACAGCAUUCAAAUGGCCAUUUACCUCUCACUGACUGGUAUUGGGAUUAGUGCCUUGAUGGUUAGUUGUAUUGUGGCGUUGCACCGGGUGGCAAAAGAGAAAUACAACCUAUGUUUUAGCAUCGGCUCGAGUGGUUAUGGCGCCGGCAUGGUUCUAUUCCCUCUCUUGGCUGGUUUCUUACGUGCUCCUUUCGGGUGGAGAGGAGGACUGCUCAUCAUCAGCGCUCUCAUAGCACACGUCAUCCCAUGUGCUGUAGGAAUUCAAAUUGAAUCAACUAAGAUGAUCACCGAGGUAAAUGACGUUCAAACGGUCCAACGACUGUCUACAGAGGGUUUAGACGAAGAAAAGGGUGAAACGAGUAUAAGUCAUAGCUUUGAAGAAAAUAUCAGACUCGGAGCUCUUCAUAGAAUCACCAACAGGCUACGGCAAACUGAUUUUUACAAGGAUCCAAUAUUUAAUGUGAUAUUCGCUGUGCAGUUUGCAUUUGACAUGGUGUACUGUGGUUGGCACUCAUUUCUCGUACCGCACGUAGUGCAAAGAGGAGUCUCUGUCAGGAAUACGAUCAUCAUAACCUUCUCAGCAGCAUCUGGGAAUACCUUCAGUAGACUUGGUGUGGGUGUCCUUACCAACCACCUCUUCAAGCCGAUCGAUGUCUACAUCUUUGCUGUCAUCCUCAACAUCGGCGCUCUCCUCGUUGACGUGUUUGUCGCCAACUUUUACGUCAUGUUGGUGACGUCAUGCUUCUCCGCAAUGUCCAUUGGAGCGAGGGCGGUGGUGACAACGCUUAUUGUGAGGGAUAGAGCCUCCCCUGGUCAGUUUGACGUCGCCUUUUCAGUUGGCCGGUGCAUUUCUGGGGUUGGAAUGUUCCUCGGUGGCUAUAUUGGAGGUUUAGUUGCAGACCGUUUUUCGUCGUUUAACGCUACAUUCACAAUGCUACCAAUCAUCGACGCCGUGGUCCUCAUUCUUAUAUUGAUAAUGAGAUGUAACCCAAAGAAAAUCAAUCGUGACGUUAACACAUCAAAGUCCAUUUAGAAAAUAGAAGAUAGCUUAAGAUACUGAACGGAAAUCGAGAACGGUAAAUCUUACAGCAUCAUUCGUCAAACAUGCACAAUAAUUUUACGAAAGAUUUUAAGCGUCAUCCACCUGACGAGAUAUGCAAUCACAUGGUUUUCAUUAUCAACAUUUUCGUUUUAGUUCAAUAAAUUCUGACUCAAGGGCUCAGUGUUGUGGUUAUGUUUCUGUCACUACGUAAAUGUAGCUUAGCUGUCAAAUACCCCUAAUCAACAACACAUCGCCAAGGGUAGGUUUUCUGGAUAUAGCUUACGCAAAAAUUGAGUGGUCCAAAACUAGAACUUUGAAAAUAAACUUAUCUGAAAAAAAUCUUCUUCAGACUGUCAAAAUUUGACGUUGUAAAGUUUAAAACAGACGAGAUAGAGGAGAUUAGUAUUUCGAAUCUGCUCAGACGCUUCACCGAGAUCGAGCAGGAGGUUCAUUUACAUACCAUGCUUGAAAGAACAUAUGGACUUUGAAAUCUGUGUUUUCCUUGAUAUUUGGUAAAGCUCUCAUUGGUAUUGUUCAACAUUCAAUUGAAAAGUUGUUUAUAGAUGUUGACAAGUUUUAUCGUUGUAAACCUUAGAAUGUCCCCUUUCAAAAUAAAAAUCUCAAAAUUCAUAUCGGGAGAGUUACUGUUGGUUUUGGGUCAAUGGAGUGGCAAAUCAGUGUGGCGCAUAUACUUUUUACCAGUAUCGCCAUGAGUUAAUACGAUGGUGUUAUGUACAUAUUGUGGCGAUUUGUUAAAAACAUUGAAAAUUAUUGUCAUUCCUGAUAUUUAAGUUGUAGUUCUUUAUAUGAAAAUGAGUAAAUAAAAAUCACUUUAUACCAUUAUAUUUUUUUCAUGAUUUUACUUUAAAUAGGCAAUUGAGACAUUCAUAGCUAUUCAAUUCGAAAUUUAUAUUUUUGUUUGAUUUUAUGUAUUUACUCCCAAAAGUGCUAUCUCACAAAUUAAUUAAACAUGUAGGAUCUAAUAUUUGGAAUUCAUUACCUUUAAAUAUACGAAUUUGUAACAAUAUUUUAUCAUCCUAGAAGUAUAGAGUGCGUUUCAGAAAAAAAGUAAUCCAAAUCUAGAGGGCUGAUAUUCAUAUAUUUAAUUUUGUGAAAUAAUUCUGCAUGGAUAUAAAUGAGAAACUUAUCAGCGUUCCAUUUAUACCCUUUUUCUACCAUUUGUGCUAUGUUGAAGACAACAGGUGCAGAGAUCACUUUUUCCAAGUUUUGGUAAAGUGGGUAAAAUGUGCACUCGAUAAAAUAAUAUGUUUUCCAAAGUAAUUUUGGAAUGAAGUGUUACUUGAGGCAUUUCUCAGAAAUUAGUGAAAAUUAAUGUCUUAUCAUGGACCUGCGUGGUAUUAAUGACCAGCACCGUCAACAUGCCCUCCUCUCUUUUGAAAACAAAGCAGGAAGAGAGGGAGAAUAUCUUGGACAGCUCGUCUCACCAUGGUCUCACCAAUGGCAAUGCCGGAUCAUUGUGCAAAUCAUCCACCUCAUAUCGAAUUAGGCACUGCAAGCCAUCAAAAUCUUGAGGAGGACUUGCAAAAAACUUAUUUUUAAGUGUCCCUUAAAGGAAAUAAUCUCAGGGCUGGCGGUCAGGCGCUCUUGGUGGCCAUUCAAUGCUAUGGUUGAGGGCGACAACUCAAUGUCCAAAGAGUCCUCUGAGUCUAUCACGAAUAUCUUGGAACCAAGGGCAGGAGCGCCAUCCUGAAUCCACCAAAGAAGCAUGUACACUCCUUACAAAUGUCUCUCAAAAUGUUGGUCCAACUGUGAUAUGAUCUCCUUGUUAAUGGUGUGGAAGUACAUUUACUGAAUAGCACUCGUUUGGAAGAGAAAGGGUCCAAUCUAAGAUUUUUGCCAGCUCAGACAUUGAUGAAGGUAUUUUCAUCAGCCUCUGCCUUUUCAUAGAGUUUUCAAAAACUUGGAAACAGUGGUCUCUGCACCUUUUGUCUUCAACAUCAAUUAAUUCGGUCAUGCGUAGCGCAAAUGGCACACAUAGGGUAUCAGCAGAAAGCUGGUGAGUUGUUCCUUCAUAUUCAUGCACAAUAAUCUCACAAAAUUAAAUAUAAUUCGAAUAUCAGCCCUUUAGAUUUGGAUUACCUUUUUUCUGAAACGCACUGUUUAAAGGACUUAUUUCACUCAAAAUACUGUAAAUGAUACUUCAUACCGUCAUAGGUGCAAGGUGAUGUUUUUUUUGCUUUAUUAGAGAUGUAAACGAUGUAAAUAUCUAAGUAUGCUACAUUUAUAAGGGCAUUAUGUUCUUUUUAAUCUUAUUUGAAUCGGCAAAAUAAUCAGUAAUGACGUACACCAUAGGCUGAAAAUCAUUCAUUCUUUUCUGGUUCAUGGGCUCAAAUUGUGUGUGUGUGUGGGGGGGGGGGGGUGGUCUUAUAAAUAAAACAAAAUAUGCAGAUAUUGUGUACCCGAUCAAAAUGAAUUGUGAUGUGAAAUCGAUGAAAUAUUCAAUUAGAUGUUUUAUUUGAUUUUCGUCGCAAAUGUAGUUUGGGGAUUCAUGAAAACUAACCAUGAAUUUCAAAGAUGAAUUCCAGGUGUAAAGAUUUCAAAAUGAGUUCAUAAAAAAUCCUACAACGACUACCUAAGUCUCUGAAUGUGUGAAUAGAAAUAUGUGCCGAAGCAUUCUGAAAAAAAUGCUGAUAAAUGGGCAAAAUUAGCAUGACAUGUUACCAAAUCGUCGGGUCUUUUUCCUAGGAAUUCAAAUAAUGUACCGUCCCACAUGUGCUUAUCUGCGUUGGUGAUCUACAGAGUGAUCGUUUUCAGCUUUACAUUUCAGGAAUUCACAAAGUUCAGUUUAUGCUACUGUACCAAAUUUAGAUCUAGGGUGAUAUGGCAAAAAAAAUAACCCUAUUCACAGACUUUCUGAUGAAAUGAGUGUCUACUGCAACUACUUUUAUUUCUCUGUAGUGACAAUUAUAACGUUUUUAAUAAAAAAUCAAUUCUUACCAAAUUUUGAAACUAGCUAUAGUAAUCCAUAAUGUUCCAUCCCUUAAUAUUAUAAUAUAAAAGCGCAUACAAUGAAUGAUACGAUGAAACAAGAAUACAAUUGCUUUUCGCAAUAAUAUUUGUUUGAUGCAUUUUAAUUUCGAAAUUUAAAUUAUUAUUGUCAUCACUAUAAUAAAUACAAUAAAUGUGAUUAUUAUUGUCGGUGUAAAAAUUAUUCUUUUUCAUUUUACAUUAGACAAAGUCAACUUUACAUAUAGGUUAACAUACAAAACAAUUGUUUCAUUUUAAUUCAUAGCUAAAUGUUAAAAAAGAAGAAUGGUUGGAAGAUUUUUUCGUAUAAGAAUAACUGAAUUCCUAAAGAUAUCCUGAAUGAAUAAUUCAUCAGUUUAUAUGUGAUUAUUAUAUUCAUUACAAUUACAGCCAUUAAUAUCUUUGUUUCUUUCAGUAUUUCUAUCAUCUAGUUGUGACGAAAGUUUAUCAAUUACUAAUUAAAAAACAUUCAGACUCUCUUUUUGCCCCAAAUCGAGGCGCAACAAUUAUAUGCAAGCCUCGCAACUCAUAACAAUUACCUAUACAUCAUAUGCAUAUGCACCAAUACAUUUCAGUGAUUUCCUUCAGCUUUAGAUAUUGAAAUGAAAUUUUGCUUCUACUUUUGAAGAAAAUGUUCCUCAUUUUUUUUAUAUCUAACAAUCAACACUAGUUACCGAAAUAAUAGCAAAUAAAGAAUCAGAAUAUCACAGAGUUAUUUCUCCAGGAAUCAAAUAAUAAAUUUGGAGAAAUACAAAAGACAUGUAACGCUUUAUUACUAUUUCGUAAAUCCGUCAAUAUUACAUGUAUGCAAUGUUAUUUCAUUGCUUUUUCGAGUUAUCAAUAUAUACCAACAUACCAGAUACAUACAAUCAAACCUACGUUUUAUUCAAGGACCAGAUUAAUCCAUCAAAACCACAUAUAUUAGAAUACUUUUUUUUAUCAAGUAAAUCAAGUAAUUUUUUUGGUGAGAGUAAAUGCAUGGCUGUACACAUAAUCAGUGAUUUCACUAAAAUCUAUAUUUGGAAAGAAAAGAAAAAAAAAGAUCUCGGGCAAGAAUGGCUUUAAAAGAUGUUUGGAUUACAAUCAUUGCAAAUUAUAUUCAAGAAUGAAAAAAAAAUAGUAAGGAUGAUUCAAAAUCAAAUAUUCACCUUUGAUUUUUUUACACAAAGUCAUCGUCACGGUUAUUUCACGUAUUAUGAUAACAUCAUACGAAGGCAAAUUUUAAACGUUCUGAUAAAAUGUAUUCAAAUGUAGAUCUCAACAAUAUCUUUUGAAUAACCUUUUACCUUAACAAUAAUUUUUAUCCACAUAACGUCUCACACAAUUAUAUUUCUUGAAAGGAACGCAAAAACGAUCAUAUAAAUAUUAUGUACAUUUAUGUACAUUUAAUCCAACAUGAUCGAGAAGAUUUCAGGUAAGAAAGAAAAUAAACGUAUUUUUGCAUAACUCCACAAACAUAGUACUUUCUGCAUUUUGUAAAGAAAUUAACAGAUAAUUCGUAUUUACAAAUCGUGGUUACUAAGUGAAAUAGCACCAAAAAUGAUUGCAAAAUAAACUUAUGUCACGAUAAUCGGUCUCCAGAGAGUAGAAACUGUGUAACACUUGUUAAUGUAAUGAGGUGAAAUUAAAUUAUGAAAAUAGUGCUCGCAUUAGUAAAUAACCAAUUUUAACUAAUGCAAGUGGGUAAAUACCAUCUAUUGAAAGAAAAAAAAGAGCCUCUGUUGAGGCCACCGACAACACUUAAAGUUACUGACCGAAAGGCCAAGUGCGCAUAUUUCCCCCCCCUUGAGUGUGUGUGUCGUUUCUUAAUGUUGGUAUGGCCCCACAAUUAAAUUUAAAAAGGUAAGUUUUUUUAUCACAGAUUUGAUCUGUCAAUGUUUGUUCGUGUUCUCAUAUCAUGACGUUGAUUUUUCCAUUGUGGCGUCAUUUUCCCCAAAGGCUCUAUCUCCAAAAGCAUUAGAUUCCCCUAUUUUUUGGUAAUAAAUACAUAUUAUUUUCAUUUGAAAGACCUUUGAAACUAUCUAUCAUGGGAUAAAAAGAAAAAGCAAACAUAUUUUUUUCUGUUUACAAUAAAAAUGCAUGCAAUUACACAACACAUCUCCCAUAGCAUGAUUCUGGUCGAUGAGAACAGUCUAUAAUGUUUCAAAAUCAGCAUAAAUAAAGCCAUUUGGUAAGUAGUGCAAAAAAUCUUGUAUCGGUGUAUCCAGCUAUUUGGCUUAAGCCUGUCAUCGGUUGGCCUAUAUAGAUACGUUGGCAGCAACACGGCGUUCUGAUUUUGAAUUGUGCCUCUCCAAUCAUUAUUCUCAGACUAUUGUCGGUAGGAAUAUUAUUUCAAGUAUGUUUUUAUCUAAACGAAUUUCGAACAGCCUCGAUAUAUUGAUAUUCAAGUCACUGCACAAGCCAAUCAUGUUCAAAGUGACAUGCUGAAUAACUAAAUAAAUUACACGUGAUAAUGUAUUAUGACCUUCAUGCCACAUUUGUCAAUCUCAUGAAGUAGCGAACAUACUUUUAAAUAUUGUCCAUAUUUUGUUCCGCUCCAGGCGACCGAGUUGGAUCGCUCCUACAAUAUAUCUCACUCCCAGAUAACAAAGAUUUUUGUCGUGAUCACAUCAAAAUAGGACCUUUGCUAUUCGAAAGAAUAGAAUAUUCAGACGCCAAGGAGAAGAUACAAUCAACAUUGUCAAACAGUUCUGAAUACCUUUGCAAACAAUUAUGUCAUAAACUUCUGCAGGUAUUUGUUCUAUUAACAUCAUGAGUUUGCGACACAAUGUGUAUC